AUGGUUGCCUCACUUCCCCAACAUAUCAUCGCCGCGACCUACGCCGUCGCCGCCCUUCCCUCCCUCCGCCGCGAUUGCGCCCUCCUCGCCUGCGGAUCCCACCGCCGCGAGCGCCUCGUCGCCUCCCCCCCUCCCCCCCCCCCCCCCCCCCCCCCUCCUUCCCGUCGCCGCGACACACCGUCGCCGCCUCCCACUCCCGCCGCCGCGCCUGCUCCGGUGCCGCCUGCGCAUCUCGCCGCGACGCCUCGCCGCCGCCUCCCCUUCCCCCUGCCGCGACCCCCCGUCACCGCCUCCCCCCUCCCACCGCCGCGCCUGCUUCGGCGCCGCCCGCGCAUCCCUCUGCCGCAACGCAUCAUUGCCGCCUGCCCCUCCCGCUCCCGCGACGUCACGUCACCGCCUCCCCUUACCGCCGCCGUGCCUUCCUCGGCGCCGCGUGCGCAUCCCGUCGCCGCGACGCUUCGUCACCGCGACGCUUCGUCGCCGCCUCCCGUCCUGCCGCCGCGACUUCGCGUCGCCGCCUGCACGCCCCGUCGCCGCGACCUGCCGUCGCCGCCUGCGCAUCCCGCCGCCGCGACUCGCUCGUCGCCGCCUGCACGUCCCACCGCCGCAACUUCGCGUCACUGCCUGCGCAUCCCGCCGCCGCGACCUGCUCGUCGCCGCCUACACGACCCGCCACCGCGACCUACCGUCGCCGCCUGCACCUCCCGCCGCCGCGACCUACCGUCACCAACCGCGCAUCCCACCACCGCGACCUGCUCGUCGCCGCCCCCACAUCCCGCCGCCGCAACCUGCUCGUCGCCGCCCGCGCAUCCCGCCGUCGCGACCUCAUCGUCGCCGCCCCCGCAUCCCGCCGCCGCGAUCUACUCGUCAUCGCCCGCGCAUCCCGUUGCUCCUACUGCCCCGCCACACGGCCGCAAUUUCCGUCGCCGGGACUACACCGCCAGCCGCCCGCGAUCUUCGCUACUGCGGCCCUACCGUCGCCUCCUGCCCUUCCCGCCGCAUCGCCUGCUUGUCCCCGCCUGCCCACGCCACCCCUCUGCAGAUUCCGCCCUGUCAAUUGGCACUCCUUCGUCGAGAGCAUCCGCCGUGUCCUCCAGGACGCCUUCGUCGGACUCUACUGCGUUCUCAACGUCCUCCUCCGUCGCCCGCACGCUCUCCAGCCCACUGCCCCCACUCACCCCGGUGAACCCCCUCCUCCCCCCAUUCUCCCUGGCCCUCCUCCUCCUGAACCUACCUUGGAGAUCGCCGCUACCCCAGCUCCAGGCUGCCGCCGAUGCUACCUUCCUCCACAAUCGCAGCGAGUACCUCAUUCGCAAGGCAGAGCAUGAAGUUGCGGUGCAUCAUCAUGAGUUUGCAACAGCAGAGUGCGCCACUCGCGUGGCAUUACUUACUGAGCGAUGUUUGAGCGUUGCAACAUCAGCUCUUUUCCAGGAGUACUUCUCCAUCACCCUCGCCACCUAUGACGGCACAGUUGACUACGUGGGGCGCAUGCAGGAGGUCGUUGAUCGCCUUGCGGCACGCCAAGCCGCCCUCCCCGAGCCACUGCAAAUCCAUCGCCUCCUCUACAACCUCACCCCGGACUACGAGUCCCACCUCCACUCCUUCACUAAGGCCAACCCCAUGGGCGGCCUCAGCGACGUGUGUCCCCGACACUUCGGGUAG